AUGGGUACUUCCAAUUUGGUGUUUGAGGUGCGGUACGGGGGUAGGUUCGAUCGACAGUUUGGGUGGGUUUAUGUGGGGGGUGAGGUUGUAGUCCACCACGAGAGUUAUGACCCUGACAAAUUGUCUUAUUUUGAGUUGGAAGAUAUGUUAAAAGAGUAUGGAUAUGGGUCAGGAGACUUGAUGUAUUUUAAACACCCUGAAAAGGAGAGGGAAGGUGGUGAGGGUGAUGACGAUGGUGAUGAUGAUGAUGAGGGUGAAUGUAGGGUCGAUUUGAAUGACCCCUGCUGGGCAGAUAAACUUAAUGACAAUGAAGAUCUAUUUGAUGUUGAUGUGGAUGAUGGUGACCAUGGGGUUGGUCCAUCGAAAGGGACUAUUAAUAGGGAUAAGAUACACUUUAAAGAUGGUAAUGGUGCUGGUGCUAGUGGGGAUGGUGAGGAUGAGGUUGAGGUUGAGGUUGAGGAUGAGGAUGAGGAUGAGGAGGAACAUAUUGAUGGAAGUCAUAAGGUACAUAGUGUCGGAAAAAUGAUUUGUUUUGAAGAUGAUGAGGAGGAUAAUGACACUAACUCAGAUAUGGGUAGAAGUGACAUAUUAGUGUCACCUAUACCUAGUGAUGAAGAAGAUGAAGCAACAUCUCUCCCUACCAAUUGUGACUUCCAUGUUGUGGACCUAAAUGAUCCAACUUUGAAGCUUAAAAUGAGAUUUCCAAACAUACAACAGUUUAGGGAGGCUGUAAAAGAAUAUAAUGUUAAAAGGGGGAAGGACAUUUGUUUCAAAAAAAAUGAAAGAAUGAAGUGUAUAGCUGUGUGUAGAGAUGAUAAGUGUCGGUACCGAGUGUAUGCACGACAGAUGGAGGACGAAGUAUCCUUCCAAAUUAGGUCUAUGCAACCUAAACAUGUUUGUGGUAGGAAAUACAAGAGUUCAAUAGUUAACUCCACUUGGAUAGCAAAUCAACUGAUUGAGAAGUUUAAGGUUCAACCAAACAUGCCUUUGGAAGUGAUACAGCAUGAGGUGAAGGAAAAAUGGAGGGUUGAUGUGACUCCGAGCAUAAUGUAUCGGGCUAGGAGAAAAGCUGGGAAACAAAUUUAUGGUAAAUUGGAGGGUCAAUAUGGUAGGUUGUGGGACUACUGUGAGACCUUGAGAAAGACCAAUAAGGGUACUUGUAUCAUGAUGAAGGUUGAGAGACCAAACCCUAAUUUGCCUCCUAGGUUUCAAAGAUUAUACCUCUCUCUAGCUACAAUGAAGAAAGGAUUUAUAGAGGGGUAUAAGCUUAUAAUAGGGGUGGAUGGAUGCUUCCUUAAAGGUGCAUUUAAAGGUCAACUCUUGGCUGCUGUGAGUAGGGAUGGCAACAACAACAUGUACCCUAUUGCAUUUGCUAUUGUUGAAGCUGAGACGAAAGACAGUUGGAUUUGGUUCUUGGAAACCCUUGUCUCAGAUCUUGGGACACAUGAUCAGCAUGUUAGGCCUACAUUUAUUUCUGAUCGACAUAAGGGCCUUAUACCUGCAUUGAAUGAAGUGCUUCCAAUGGCAGACCACCGGUUUUGUGUUAGGCAUCUCUAUGCCAACUUUAAAAAUGUAGGGCAUAAAGGAGUAGCAUUGAAGGAAAUGCUAUGGGGUGCAGCGUCUGCUUACACUGAAGGAGAGUUUACUGCAUAUAUGGAGGGGUUGAGGGGAAUGAACAAAGAUGCCUACGAGUACUUGAACCGAGUGGAUCCUAGUUGCUGGUCAAGAGCAUGGUUUAGUGAGUAUUAUAAGUGUGACCUCCUUGUUAACAACAUUUGUGAGUGUUUCAAUUCCUAUAUUCUUAAAGCCCGUGACAAACCUAUAUUGACAAUGCUUGAGAUGAUAAGGAAAAAACUAAUGAGGAGGUACCAAGCUAAAAGAGAGGGCAUUGAGAAAUUGACCGGAAAGUUAUGUCCUAGGAUAGUCACGAAGCUGGAAGAAAUUGGGAUAGCUGCAUCAGAUUGUGUUGCAGUUUAUGCUGGGGAAAACAUGUUUGAGGUUACUUGUCCGACUGGGAAACAAUUUGUGGUGGACUUGAGAAGGAAGUUAUGUGGUUGUAGGUAA